AUGGUUAGUGUUGAGAUCAGUGAUGUUGAAGCUUUGGAGGUUCGGCGCCGGUGGUGGCAGUCACCCAAGAAGUAUAAGAAGAAGUUAAAGAGUAGCAAGCCGGCGUCGGUAGCGGCGGCAGUGGGAGGCGCGCGCGCCUCGUUCCUGCAGCGCGACAAGCUGUACAAGCAGCGCACCAAGCAGAUCACCAAGCAGCAUCCACAACCUUUUGUAGUGCGCGGCCACCACCUACAGCUACAGGCGCUGAUGUCAGUGGGGCACUGCCACCACUGCCAGAAUAUCAUCAGCGGCCUCGCACCGCAGGCUUACGUCUGUACAGACUGCAAGCUGUGCGUGCACCGCGCAUGCGCGCGCAGCGUGGAGGAGGGCUGCUGCCUGGACGGGGAGCACCACAACAACCGCAUCUCGCGCUUCAUGGAGCGCAUCCACUACAACAACCAGCCCGCCAAUAUGGACUCUAACGAGAAGAAAUCGAGGAAGGGGUCAAACACAGGGCACUUUCUCAUCAUGGAGCGAAGUUUUCGGAAAACUGAAGACGAUCAGCCAUGGGACCAGACACUAACUCCGCCUGUGAUAGUUACCGGGGUUCAAAUUCCCAACAAACAAAAGCUCAAGAAGUUACGUUUCUGA